AGCGCGAAUAGUUUCACAUUUUUCUUUCUUUCACACUCGGAUACAAAAAGAAAAGAAAAGAAGAAAGGAUUUUGCGUCAAAAUUCACAGACUUUCCAUUAUAAUCUUACAAUCCUCGGUGUCUAACUCAACACCCAACUUUCCACUUUCCCGGAAUCUCUGAGCUACCGGUCUCUCUAACCCAACACCCAGAUUCCCUCUUUCUUGGGAAAAAAAAUCAGAUUUCCGAAAGGAAAAAACAAAAAUUUUCAUGAAAUGAUGAAAACCCAUCUGCUAAAGCUGAUCCUUGGGGUAUCUUUACCUGCAUUCUCGAUGGCAAUAGCGGCCGUUGUCAUCUUCUUCAUCUGCAAGAGAAGAGGGCCUGGAGAGCCCCAAAAUGUCGACGUCGAAUCGACCCACCAGAAGCAGAAGUUUUCCGACGGUGGGUCCGAACCGGAGGAGCUUGUCACCUUCCAUGGCGGCGAAGAUCUCACGAUCUGUGACAUACUCGAUGCUCCCGGAGAAGUCAUCGGAAAAUCCAGCUACGGCACUCUGUACAAGGCGUCGUUUCUGAGAAGUGGCAAAGUUAGGGUUCUUAGGUUCUUGAGACCCGUUUGUGUUCUGAGAUCCGAUGCGAAGGAAUUUAAUAGCGUCAUUGAGACGCUGGGAUCCCUCCGCCACGAAAAUCUGGUUCCUUUGUUAGGGUUUUACGCCGGAACGAGAGGGGAGAAGCUGAUGGUCCAUCCGUUCCUCGGUUUCGGAAAUCUGUCUGAGUUCAUCAGAAGUGGAGAUGUUGAAUCACAUAAAUGGAGCAACAUCAUGAGUGUGACCAUUGGCAUAGCCAAAGCUCUUGAUCAUCUCCACACAGGAAUGCAGAAACCCAUCGUCCAUGGCAACUUGAAAUCGAAAAACGUAAUCUUGGAUCCGAGUUUUCGACCUUACGUAUCCGAUUUCGGCCUGCAUUUGAUCUUGACCCUUGCCUCGGGCCAAGAAGUUCUGGAAGCUUCUUCUGCAGAGGGCUAUAAGGCUCCUGAGUUGAUCAAGAUGAAGGACGUGACCAUGGAGAGUGACGUGUACAGUUUCGGUGUGAUCAUGCUUGAACUGGUUUCUGGUAAGGAACCCGUAAAGGAAAACCCGACCGUUGAUAAUGAUGAGUUCUACCUGCCGGAUUUCAUGAGGAAUGCGGUUCUUUAUCAUAGGUUGUCGGAUUUGUACCGUCCCCAGAUUCUGGGAAGUGGUCUGAAAGAUGUUACUGAAGAACAUGUUCUCAAGUACUUUCAACUCGCCAUGGCUUGUUGCUCUCCCUCGCCUUCUCUUAGGCCGAGCUUCAAGCAAAUGUUGAGGAAACUUAAAGAUAUCGGGAAAUGAUACCUGGAAAAGUGUCGCAGCUGAAAAGGGUUUUGCUCUUGAAGCUGUAAAGUAGGUAAAGUAACAGUCUUUAGGGGGUUUUUUUCUGAUAGAAGGCUACAGUUACAUCUGAUUCUUUAGUCGGGUUCUUGCAGAAGAGAUGGAUGGAGUUCAAGAACAAACUCCACGAGGUUUGGUGGUAUUUUCUGGUUACAGAUACCAAAACUCUUCAAGAAUUUCUCUCUCGUGUCUAAACAUCUGAAGAAGAAGAACCGAUGGGUUGAAUUUGAUCUCUUCCUUCUGAAACGUCACUCAGUUCAUGUGGCUGCAGCAUUACGUGUAAAUGGGUUAUUCGGAGAAGAACAUUGGGAAUGAACCGAAAAGUUGCAAGAACAGAAGGAAAACCUGGAAAAGAUUCAACAGAUGGGUAGCACCCCCAGCAACCGAAAAUUGAAUUCAGAAUCUUAGUGUUCAACUUGAAACCUUCCUUGAAUGUCUUGUCCUUGAAGUUGUAUCUUACAACCUUAUUUAGGUAUGUGCGAGAAUGAUGUACGAGCCCUCGGGCAGUCUCUUUCCGUACAAUACAGACGAGAUGGAAUGCAAAGAUACGUCUUGUCAGUGUAAGAUUCGGUUCUGAAAAUCUCAAGAAAGGCGGCUGAAAGAUGUUCUAUAGACCAUUCUGAACUGUCUCUCUCUAUUUGGAAUUUUGGAACACCAAGAACUGUGAUCGAAGGAAUGGUAAAAGGAGAGGGUCACAUGUUCUGAGGCAAACGACCUUACACUGAGGUGAGUUGGACCGUUGCAGGACUGCACUAUGAUCAUGUCGCCUGAACUUAAAGUAGAUCUUUGUCUGAUUUACACACGAUUGUGCUCUUUCCCAGAAUUCAUUUUCCAGUAUAAAAUCAGGCUCUCAUUCUUCA